ACUUCCCCUUCUCUUCUCUCUUUCAGAGCCACAAUGGCCACCGCACCGUACAACUACUCCUACAUUUUCAAAUACAUCAUUAUCGGGGACAUGGGGGUAGGGAAGUCAUGUUUGCUUCAUCAGUUCACAGAAAAGAAAUUCAUGGCGGACUGCCCCCAUACGAUCGGCGUGGAGUUUGGCACGAGGAUAAUCGAGGUGAGCGGGCAGAAGAUCAAGCUGCAGAUCUGGGACACGGCGGGGCAGGAGCGCUUCAGGGCGGUGACACGCUCCUACUACCGCGGGGCCGCAGGGGCGCUCAUGGUCUACGACAUCACCAGGAGAAGCACGUACAACCACCUCAGCAGCUGGCUGACUGAUGCCAGAAAUCUCACCAACCCUAAUACUGUGAUCAUUCUCAUAGGAAACAAAGCGGACCUGGAGGCCCAGCGGGACGUCACGUACGAGGAGGCCAAGCAGUUCGCUGAGGAGAACGGUCUGUUGUUUCUGGAAGCCAGUGCAAAAACAGGUGAAAACGUUGAGGACGCAUUCCUGGAAGCCGCCAAGAAGAUCUACCAGAACAUCCAAGAUGGCAGCCUGGACCUGAACGCGGCUGAGUCGGGGGUCCAGCACAAGCCGUCGGCCCCCCAGGGCGGCCGGCUAACCAGCGAACCACAGCCCCAGAGGGAAGGGUGCGGGUGCUAAUGACGAAGCAAACUCUCGUCAUCCUCCCUUGCUCCUUCCUUCUCUCUCCGUCUGUCCCUCAACCCCCCCCCAUCCAUUCCUUCACCUCCGUACGUCCAUCCCCCCUCCUCCCUCACUGCACCAGGAGCAUGAGAGCAGGGCGAAGGACAGAGGGAUGGAUAUCAACUGGGGCCAGGCUGAGCUGGGCGGACUACAUCUCUCCCCUCUCCCCCCUCUCCCCCUCUCUUUCUCUCUCUAAAAUCUGUCUGUGUUGUCGUCCCAUAACUCUCCUCUUUUACUCCCCUCCGCUCCUCUCGCACCAUUCAGCGUGGUCCCCCCCUCCCCGUCACAGCAUGGUAGACGCCACCACACGGGUUACCGACACUUUAGAUAGACGUAACGUUCACACGAUAAACCGAGACUGUUUUUUACGUUUGGUUUUAUAGCUGUAUAUGACAUGUAAACACUGCAUUAAGUUUCAUCCACCGCGAAUCAGUUCUUACAUGUAGUCUCCUAACAUCCUGCAUGGUUUACCACUGGAGCAUUUGACACAGACAUGCGGGUGCGAUAUCUCACUCCCUCAUGUUUGUGGGAUCAGACAGGGACGGAGAUGCAGUCACACAAGCAGAGGGUCUCGAGUGUGUUUCGAAGCCGAGAGAGCGUUUUCAGAAGGACUAAAACUUGCUCGUGGUUUUUAAUUCUGUUUCUGCUGCUCGGCACCAACAGAGUUCCUUCGCCCGAUGUGGCCACACUGAUGUUCUCAGGAGAGAGAGGAGGAAUACUUUACAAAACCAGGAAUUGCCCACAAAUUCCUUUGGAAGUUAUUCCUCAGUCUCUCCUCUGAGAAAUCACAGGAAGACAUAUUCUCCCGUCUGCUUAGUGAGAGUCUGUUGAGAAGUUGGGUGGGGGACUAUAAAAAAAAAAAACAUGGCUUUUCUGUUUGAUAGAUUCACUCACAUCGGCUUCUCUAAACCAGCUCUCCUCGCCCCCCCCCCGCCCCCCCCCAAGCUCUCCCCCAGGUCAUAUCAACCGAUUCUGUCUUUACCAGCAUUUUCUUUGUCAUUGUUUGUUGCCUUACUAUAACUCAUGUUAGUACCCUCAUCUUUAUUAUUGUAUCGCUGCACUUGCUCUUCACACUGCUGUUGGACUCACCCCGAGUCAAUGAAAUCAACUCUUUUUAGAUAAAGCAUUUUACCGGAGAAUAAAAAUGCAAAGUGUUGGUUCACAUUGUAUAAAGAAAUAUCAGCAGCAUGGUCAGAAAGUGUCAACAAUCCUUUGUCUCUGGCGCUGCACUGUUCCUUUGGCCAGGUGUUCCUCUGCCUUGUAUAGUACAACACCAAGCGGCAUGCACCCCCCCCCAAACACCCUGAAAUUAUCACAAAUUCAAGUUUCUUUUUCAAGUAAAAAAAACGUUCUGUACCAUAGUGAUCCCAGAUUGGACAGCUGUAUAUAUCGCUUCUUAACUAUUGGUGAUGACCUCGCUACUUGGAAAUGUAGACAUUUAGCUGGCUCUGCCAAGAUCUGUACAGUUGAUGUGCUUAGUUGCCUAUAAUUCAUGCUUGGGAAAUUCUGUAACAUAGUUUCUAUUAAUAAAUGUACGUAAAGGACAGACACCUAAACACCCCCCCCGCCACCACACUACUGAACCUGUCGAUUGGUUGAGGGGAGAGGAAGUGGAUUGAUAUGUGAACUAGUUUUUAUGUCUGCAAACUCUAAUUCCCUCAUUUCUUUAUGGAGUGGAGAAUGGGGCACUUUAAUGUUUA